AAAACACUCUUAUUUCAACCGUACCAUUGGGCAAGGAGAGGACUUCGCCGACGCCCUCACUUCCCUCGCUAAUCACCGAUGCACAAACUCUCACUUUCACUCUCUCUCUCCCCCGCCUCGCUUUUUCGUGCCACAAGAACAUCACUUUCCUCCGUAUAACAAUAGCUCAAUUACAAAUAAAUUCAGGAAAGCAUUGAAAUAUUGUUUUUAGUCAAGAGUUGUUUGUUUUCCUAUGAUUAUGCAAAUGCCCCGAUGGAGAAACGUGAUUUUACUCAAGAAUUCAUUGGUACCAGCUUCAUCACAAUCAAUAACAACAAGGACCCAUUUUGCUUCAAUUCAUUCUACACCUAUUGCAUGCGAGAAACGGAAGAGCAAACGGGUUGAUGAUAACAGAGGAUCUCAAAAGCCAUCUAAGGAUUACAUAAAAUUUGUAAGACGCCAAAAACGUGCUGAUGAGAAGAGAGCAUUGAAAGACCUUCUCUACAAUAAUGGACCUCUUAGAAUAUUUCAGCACAAGGACCCAGUAUGGUCAUCCGAUGCAGAGCCACCAUUUGGCUCCAGAAAAAGGAAUGAAAAGGCUUAUGCUCGAUCUGCUAAGAAAUAUCACCAAGACAAAAUAAGAAGUAAGCUAAGAAGAGAGAGUUCUGCUGAGGACUCUGGCGAUCCCGAGACAGUUUUUCAUGCAACAUUUGGAAACAGAUGGUAUACGUGGUCUAAUAAGUCUUUCCAAGGAGAACCAUCUGGAUUUGAGUGGAGAGAGCCUCCAAAGUGGAAGGACCAAAGAUACAAAGAAUGGGAUGCUAAUCGAGAAACAGAGUCUGGCAACGCAUCGUAUUCUGUGGGAUCACAUUCUGACAGAACAAUCCUUGGUCUGCCUCUAACCGGUCCUUUAAAGAUUGAAGAUGUUAAGAACGCUUUCCGCUUAUCAGCUUUAAAAUGGCAUCCGGAUAAGCAUCAAGGUGCUUCACAGGCAGUUGCCGGAGAGAGAUUCAAACUUUGUGUCAACGCAUACAAAUCAUUAUGUGAUGCUCUCGCCUGAGUUUAAGCACCAGGCUGCAACUGAAUUCCUCACUGUUAGUCGCCACCUUUUUCUUAAUGGAAGCAGCAAUAAUGGAGAAGAGGUGUACUAUAUCAUUUACUUAUAUUUUCUUCACAAUAUUAUAAACUAAUUCUUUUGAUUUUC